UAUCAUGACAUCAUGUCUUGCCACCCAGAAAACUUUCAGUGGGAGCACUGGAGUUUUGAAAAUGUUGCUACCAUACUUGCUCGACGGUUCCCUAAUAGCUUUAUUUGGGUUGUAAAGUGUUCUCGAAUGCACCUGCACAAAUUCAGUUGUUAUGACAACUUUGUGGCGAGCAACAUGUUUGGAGCACCAGAGCACAGCACUGACUUUGGAGCUUUCAAGCAUCUCCAUGCAUUGCUAGUUAAUGCAUUCAGACUCUCUCAGAAUAUUCUGCUGUCCCAGAAAAGCGUGCAUGGUGUCAGCAAGGAUGCAAAAAUAGCUGCUUGUAAAUCACAGCCACAGUCUGUUCCUACAACAAAUGGCUGCUCAUCCACAGAAAGAGAGAGAGAUUGUGAAUGCUCUAAUAAUUCUGCUAUGAACUUCAUUAUACCGUCUGCUGUAGGUGCAGUGUCAUUUACUUUGAUUGGCUUCAGUAAAGGUUGUGUGGUUUUGAACCAGCUGCUUUAUGAGCUUAAGGAAGCUAAAAAAGACAAGAAUACGGAUACCUUCCUAAAAAACAUAAAAGCAAUUUACUGGUUGGAUGGUGGUCACUCGGGAGGAAGCAAUACUUGGGUUACUUACCCUGAAGUGCUGAAAGAACUUGCACAGACAGGAAUUGAAGUUCAUGCUCAUGUUACACCAUACCAAGUGUUUGACACCAUGAGGUCAUGGAUUGGGAGAGAGCAUGAGAAAUUUGUACAGACACUUGAAGAAUUUGGUGUGGAAAUAAAUGAUCAACUGCAUUUUGCUGAUGAUGUUCCCUCCCUAGAUAACCAUUUCAGAGUUCAUGAAGUAUUUUGAGACUGUAUGUGUCUGAAUAGUAUAUUCAUUGCAAAAGCACUUUUGACACUGUAAACGUUGUCAUCUAGAUUUAAAACUUUGAGCAGAUGCUUUCUGAAGAGAAUACUGUGUUGAACUGUCCUGUGUUGCCAAUAGAUACUAUAUAUAAAUUUCAGUAGCCUAAAAAGGAGGAUUGGGACCCCGUACUUAUAUCAGAUGUUGUCAUUUGAUUCCUGGAAA